CAAACCAACAAACCAACCAUCUCUGUCUCCCUCUCUCUCUCUUGUAGAGAGCAACUAAAGCAUCAAAGUCUACGAAACUUCGACGCCAUUGUUACCUUUCAGCCAUGUUUAGGAAGCUCCUAUUGUGGUUUCUCCUCAUGAAAUAUGCAGCUCCCAACGGCGACAACAGCGAUUUCGUUUACAAUGGAUUCCGUGGUACUAACAUAAGCUUGGACGGUUCGGCAGAGAUCACAUCCCAUGGCCUCCUGCUUCUCACCAAUUCUGUACAACAAAAGGGCCAUGCUUGCUACCCUAUUCCUCUUCACUUCAAACCUUCAUACGGUAAAAAUCAAUCUUUCUCUACCAAUUUCGUCUUUGCGAUCGUGCUCCAUUAUCCAAAUGUGACUAGCUCUGGGGCUGCCUUCGUGAUCUCACCUUCAAAAGAGUUACCAGAAGGUCAUAUUGGCCAAUACAUGGGCAUCUUUAAUCCCCAGACCAUCGGCAAUUCAUCGAAUCACAUAGCUCUCAUCGAGCUAGAUACAUACCUUCAUCCAGAAGACGGUGAUAUUGACGACAACCAUGUCGGAAUUGACAUCAAUGGCUUAUAUUCUAUUGCGUCUGCUCCUGCAGCUUACUUUACUAAUAUGAGUGGCGGGUUUAAGAAUCUCAGCCUUAUAAGUGGAGAACCGAUGCAUCUUUGGGUAGAAUAUAAUGGUGUCCAAAAUCAACUCAAUGUAACAUUAUCUCCUAUCAACUUACCUAAACCUGAUCGUCCACUCUUGUCAUCGACGGUUGAUCUUUCAUCGAUCGUGUUAGACGACAUGUAUGUUGGUUUCUCUUCAUCAACUAAGUCGUCUCCAGUAUCUAUUUACAUCUUGGGUUGGAGCUUUAAAAUGAACGGUCAGGCUCAGGCCCUUGAUCUCUCGCACCUUCCUAAGCUUCCACGGAUAGGACCCAAAAAGAAAUCAGAGCUUUUACUAAUUGGGUUACCCGUAAUUGUGCUAAUUUCCACAUUAGCGAUCAUCUCGGCUGUUGGUCUCAUCAUAAGAAGGAAGAUCAAGUUUGCUGAAAUACAAGAGGACUGGGAACGUGAAUAUGGGCCCCACCGGUUUUCGUACAAGGAUCUAUUCAUGGCGACCAAGGGCUUCACAGACAAAGAGCUACUGGGAGUAGGAGGUUUCGGGAGGGUUUACCGAGGAGUUUUAUCAGCUUCAAAGACUGAAGUGGCUGUAAAGAGAGUCUCUCAUGAAUCUCGACAAGGGAUACGUGAAUUCAUAUCCGAGGUCGUGAGCUUGGGCCGCCUCCGUCACCGGAACUUGGUGCAGCUUCUCGGUUAUUGCCGGCGAAAGAGAGAGCUCUUACUGGUCUAUGAUUUCAUGCCCAAUGGAAGUCUGGACAGGUUACUCUUUAACCAUCCAAAUUCAGUGCUGAGAUGGUGUCAACGGUUUCGGAUCAUCAAAGGUGUGGCUUCAGGGCUUCUCUACUUGCACGAGGAAUGGGAGCAGGUGGUUCUUCACAGAGACAUCAAAGCCAGCAAUGUUUUAUUAGAUAGCGAGAUGAAUGGUAGAUUAGGAGACUUUGGCCUCGCUAGAUUGUAUGAUCAUGGAACAGAUCCACAGACGACCCACAUGGUAGGGACUUUCGGUUAUCUCGCACCUGAGCUGACUAAGACUGGGAAGGCGACCACAAGCACUGAUGUGUUCGCAUUCGGAGCUUUCAUGCUCGAGGUUGCUUGCGGGAGGAGGCCCAUCGAACCUCUAUCAUCGGUGGAUGAGGUUAUCCUGGUCGAUUGGGUGUCGGAAUGCUGGAGGAGAGGGACAAUUCUGGCAGCCGUGGAUUCGAAACUGGGACUUGACUAUGACGUGAAGGAGAUGGAGUUGGUGCUGAAGCUUGGAUUGCUGUGUUCGUAUCCGUUGUCAGCCGCAAGGCCGAGCAUGCGGCAAGUAACGCAGUUUUUGGACGGCGAUGCACCUUUACCCGAGCUCUCGUCGGACGGUCUGGGUGCGGCAAUCCAGGCGGUGCGCCAUUAUAAAAGGUCCGAUGAUCUACGCUUCUCAAAUCCUUCUUCUUUGGAACUGAUGUAUGCAAGUACAUCAUCGAUCCCAGGAUCGGUCCUCUCCGGUGGCCGUUGAUGGACGAGGGACACGUCCUGAGGGAUGCAGCUCAAUGUUGUUGAUACACCAUGUCUAUUUUCGCAAGUAGAUAUAUAAUGAAUUAAGCGUUUCAACUAUUACUUGUUUCUAGGCAACCUUAUCUCGUUCUUUAGUAAAUGUUAUGAUGUACUGAUCAUUAAACAUUGGUAUGUACAUUUCUAGCACAAAUUCUGGAUGUUUGGAUAUGAUUUAAGGCUAUCGUUCAUAUCUUAUGUCAUUUUAAAAAAAGAUUUUU